UUGUCGGCAUUUCUUUCACCCUGCCGCAUCUUCACUCGUUUUCUUCGUUCUGCCGACAGUCGCGUUCUUCCGUACAGUUCAUUUUUAGCCACACAAGCGCAAGCUCGAAGCAAAAAUACCUAGUGUAACACUUGUUAAAUAGUUUCAACAAAAACACAUUCAAAUAUGUCUGAUAAGCCAAAACGCCCACUCUCCGCCUACAUGCUGUGGCUCAACAGUGCCCGCGAGUCGAUCAAGCGUGAGAAUCCCGGCAUCAAGGUUACCGAGGUGGCCAAGCGCGGUGGCGAAUUAUGGAGGGCAAUGAAGGACAAGUCUGAGUGGGAGGCCAAGGCUGCCAAGGCCAAGGAUGACUACGAUCGGGCUGUCAAGGAGUUCGAGGCCAAUGGUGGCAGCAGUGCUGCUAACGGUGGAGCCAAGAAGCGCGCGAAACCAGCGAAAAAAGCGUCGAAGAAGAGCAAGAAGGAAGAGUCCGAUGAGGACGACGAUGAUGAGAGCGAGUAGACUGCUCAUCCCCAACCCCAAUCCAUCACCAAGUCACACACAACCAGCCAGAACCCACAAGCAAACAAGAACACUGGUGGCAACACCACAUCCAAACAUCAGCAUCCACAAGUUUCCCCCCUUAAUAAUACUAAAAACCAAGCCCGAUCAUUUCAUCGACCACAUGAACAAGCGAUAUCUGUUGAAGUUGUAUCCCAAAACAAACAAACACACGCGAGAGAACAAAAAUACGUGAAAAUAAGCAAAAUUGUAUUUAUACAUAUGAGUUUUUAAGUUUAUAGUAGUCGUUUCUUUUAUAAUGCCCAUAUACAAAGAAGAGGACAACCAACAGGAAAGGAGAAGAAGAAAUAAGAGUAGCAGGAUGUGCGUUGAGGUGUUUUUUUUUCGUUCCUGCUGCGAUUCGCCUGAAAAGUGCGAAUCGUUGGGGAAAUUGAAGAGGAAAGUAGUCCCCCUUGCAUAUAAAUUGUGUAAAGUAAACGAUAACAUAAUUCCAUUAUAAAUAAAAAGAUACAAACAA